UUCUUUCCCUCAAAGCAUUUCUCUCUAUAUAUAAGAAUAAAAAUCUAUCUAUUAAAACUACUAAUUAACAUCAGUCAUCAGUUUUACAAAAUCCAAAUUCAUAAAAUUCAACAAGUCUAAAGAUGUAUCAACCACCACCACCAUUAGCUAGCGACGGAGCAACACCGGGGAAUCAGAUCGUUGUGAUUGCGCCUCAUUUCUGUGCACCAUAUCCAGUAGAUCUUACCAUAUCAAAGAAACUUCUAAGUAUUGGUGAAGGUAAUUUUGGUGUUUUCGAUAUCAAUGGCAAUAUUAUCUUUAAAGUUAAAGGUAAGCUUCUUAGCAUUCGAGACCGCCGUGUCCUUGUCGAUGCUGCCGGUGUUCCUCUUGUAUCUCUACAGCAGAAGAUAGUGACUUGCCAUAGGAGAUGGCAAGUAUAUAGAGGAGACAGCUCAGAUUCAAAGGAUUUGUUGUUCAGUGUGAAGAAAUCUAAGCUUUUGCAGCUCAAGACAAGUUUGCAUGUUUUCUUAGCAUCAAACACAUCUGAAAAUGUCUGUGAUUUUAAGAUCAAAGGAAGCUUUUUUGAGAGAUCUUGUGCCAUCUAUGCUGGAGAUUCUAACAACAUCAUUGCUCAGAUGCGCAAGAAACACACUGUCCAAAGUAUUGUUCUGGACCAGGACACCUACUCAAUCACUGUGUACCCGAACGUUGAUUAUGCAUUCAUUGUUGCCUUGUGUGUGGUUCUCAAUGAGAUAAAUAUGGAUAGAAAUGAUGAAGAUUAAACUCUUACCUAAGUAUCAAUCUUUCCAAUCUUUCUUAUGGUUGUUUUUUUUAAAUAUAAAAAGUUUGACAAAUAUUAAUACAGUAGAGUGGCAAAAUCCGGUGAUGGUAUCUUUCCGAUGGAUGCCCCAGUCAACCAAUUGAAUAGCGAUUAUGCAUGGUUGUUAUACAGGUGUCUUUGCAUCUAAGUUUUAAGCACAUGAAGUUAUCGCUAUAAAUUAUUAUAGCUCUAAUAAUGGUAUUAUAUAUUUGACAUUUUUUUUACAUUAGGAUCA